AUGGACCAAUCACUGCCCACUGGGCGGGGCCAUGUCAGUGUGCUCAGUUGUUUCCCUCCUAAUGUGGGCAGAGAUGUUGCUGUAGCUUUGGUGAAGCCCCUGAGAGCUGGACUAGGAAACCCCGACACCCGCAGCCUGCUGUGUACGGACCAACAGGUCAAAUGGACGAUGGAGGUGUUGUGUUACGGUCUGACUCUGCCAUUGGAUGGUGACACGGUCAAACACUGUGUGGACAUCUACACUGAUUGGCUGAUGGCACCGGUUUCCAAAAGGGACUCCAUCCCUCCACCAAUCAGCAGAGAGCCUGACCUUUAUGUCCAGAAGAUCCUCAGACACCUGUACAGCCUCUUCUUACCCAGGUCAGAUCAGGUGAACCCCCUCUACCUGUCUCUCUGUCAGCAGGUGCUGUGUGCAGUUCAAAUUUUGGCCAGAGAGAGCGCUGUAAUGAGCAGAGACACCUGGGAAAUGCUGCUACACUUCCUGCUCCGAAUCAAUAAUGCCAUGCUGGCUCCUCCCACCUCUGCAAGUGACCAGCUGUCUGACCUCUCCAUGGCGGUCCUCUUCGAGGUCUGGUUACUGUCCUGUGCUCGGUGUUUCCCGUCUCGCUCUCUGUGGCAGACAGGUAAACAAAUGUUGAGCAGCUGGAGACACCAGCCAGCCGCGAUGGAGCAGUGGAGCCGAGUUAGCUCCGCCCUCACCUCCAGGCUGUUGGCGCUCACAUUUGGGCCGUCCUUCCCUCAGUUUAAAGUCCCUGAUGAAGAUGUCGCUCUGAUUCCUGCAGACAUGGAAGAUGAACGAGUCUCUCACACCUGGUUCAGGUUCUUACACCUGCUCAGUAACCCUGUGGACAUCACACGGCCGGGGGUCGCUGCUCCGUCUCCGUCCUCCGUAGAAGAGGCCAUCAGAGGAGACUGUCAGCUGCCUCACGUCUUCUUCAGAGCCAUGAGAGCGGUCAGCACGCUGGUCGACGCCUUCCUGGGAUUAGCUGUGGUCAACAAAGAGCCGAUGGAGCAGCUGCAGUCACACACUGGACUGUCUUCAUGGACCAAUCUCAGAGACCGUCUGCCGUCUAUCGGUGUUACGGUGACAAAGAGCCCGUUCAGAGACCGCCUCCCCCCCUACGGUCUCUCCCGGCCUCGCUCUGGCAGUGCCCCGCCCACUCCUGUGAAUGUAUUGACCCUGCCAAGUGCCCCGCCCCCUAGCAGCUCCCCGCCUCCCCAUACCAGACGACUGAAAGCUGGGAACGUGUCCAAGGCAACCGGCAAAGCUCCAACGGUCUGUUCUCCCUCAUACUGUCCCCCUUUAAGCUCCUCCCCCCGCCCCUCCCCUUCCCCCCUCAGGUGUAAUGUGGACUCCCUCCUCCACCUGUUUGGUCGCUGGCUGUUCGAUGCUGCUCUAGUCAGCAGAGACCCAGACCAGAGUGAUGUCACUGUGAUGUCAGAGCGCUGGGCCGCGGGUCGGGCCGAGGCCCACGGGACGCUCUGCCGGAUCUUCACCUGUAAGAAGUCUUCAGAGGACAUCCUGCCGGUCUACCUGUCCAGGUUUUACCUGGUCCUCCUGCAGGCUCUCCAGGUGUCAGAGGAGCCGUGUCCUCCUGUUCUCGCCGCCAUCUUGCUGAACUCCACCAGUCUGUUCUGCUGUGAUCUGAGCGGAGUCAACCUGCUGCUACCUGCCUUCAUCUCAGCGCUGGAGAGCGUGCUGCUGGACAGGGAGCUGCUCAGUUUUAAGGCCUUUGUGAAUCCAGUGGAUUUAAGACGAGCUUCAAUCCUCAUCCUGUUGUCUCUGCUGCCCCUCCCACUGCAGUUUCCCUCCGUCCAAUCAAAGGUGAGCUCCCACACACCUUCAUCCAACAGGCGGCUCAGUGGUGAUGACAUCGCAGCAGGUAGCUUCCUGUCCAUGAAGCCCCGCCUACUCAGCGUUCUGCUGGGAGCUCUGCAGACAGAGACAGACACCCUCAACACCCAGACCAUCCUCUCGGCCAUGUUGAAUCUGGUCCAGGACUCGGCUCUGUUAGAAGCAGCAGGACAAACACAGAACACCGAGCGUCAUCGUGGAACCAGCAGCCCAAAUAAACGCGGCAGAGGAAACGUGCAGUCUGACUCGGCAGGAAUCCUCUGGGUUCAGUUUGUCCGCCUGCUGACUCAGCGUCUGUCGGCCCAGUGGAGGAACGACUCAGCUCUUUGUCUGUCUGUGCUGGAAGUACUGGGAGGACUGGCCAAGGUGGAGGUGACUGUGGAGGAGAACGAGCGGCGGCGAGCGCUCAGUUUGAUCUGUAGUUACAUCGUGUUUCAGUGCAGUCGUCCUGCUCCGCUUCACUCCAGAGACCUGCACUCCAUCAUCAUCGCCACGUUCUACUGUCUGAACGUCUGGAUAACACGACACCCGUCACUGCUCCAACACCAGGAGAGUCUGCUUGAGGUCCUGGAAAUCGUAGAGUUGGGGAUUUCAGGCAGUAAGUCGAGACAGGAGCAGGAAGUGAGGAGUAAAGAGGAGAAGGAUCUAAACCCGGUUUCUCUGAGAGUGAAGGAGGCAGCUGAGGCCACGCUGAGCUGUGUGAUGCAGGUUUCAGGAGCCUCCCCGUUCCCCGGGGCCCUGAUGGAUGAGGACGUUCUGAUUGGCUCCUCCCCCUGCGGUGACAGCAGCGUGAAGAAGUUUAGAUAUUUUGUGGUGGACGGCUCAGUGAUCCUUGCCGUGCUGGAACAACCACACAAACCUGGAACAGAGCCAUGUCCAUCCCUCACACUGUUGAUCAGAGGACCAUCAGGGUGUCACACCUGGACUCUACAGCACCACCUGCAGCCCAGACAAGGAAGGACACACACCCAGAGUUUAUUUGUGUUGUUUAAUUAUCCACAGCAACAUGCAGUAUCCCAAGAACAUGUCAGUACAGCCCAGGAGGAUGCUGGGAAAUCGUGUGAUGUCAAACAUCAGCUGUUAGCUGAAACCAUGGAGAACGUUUUCACCGUUAAAGCAGAUCUGAGCAUUCCAGAUCUGCAUGGGACCGUCAACAAGGAGCCAUCGGCGUGGUCGACCUGGAGACAGCGUUUCUCUCGUUACCGGAUAGUGACCAAACUCGACCAGGAAGAGGACGACAUUCAGGUGAACACGUUGUUGUAUGCUAUGGGCAAAGGCGCUGAGCCAAUAUUUAGCACUUUCACGCUCACUGAAGAGGACAAUGAGGACUAUAAUGGGGCAGUGAUAAAGAUGUUUGAUGAACAUUUUGUGCCUAAAAGAAACAUUAUACACGAGCGUGCCUGUUUCCAUAGACGCUCUCAGCGACAGGGGGAGAGCGUGGAGCCGUUCAUGAGACAUCUUUAUGAACUGGCAGAGCAUUGUGAGUUUGGAGCUGCAAAAGAAAAGCAGAUAAGAGAUCGCAUUGUCAUAGGAAUCACAGACAAUGACGUGUCGCAAAAAUUACAACUGGAACCGGACUUAACCCUGGAAAAAGCCGUCAGUAUUGCCCGCCAGUCUGAGUUAAUAAAGGUCCAAAACGCCAGCGCCAGGUCCACGGAAAGUGAAGUUGAGGAAGAGCUAAAAUGGAUGCAGUCUUUAGGCAUCAUUGAGGAGGUUAAUGAAGCUACAGAUUGCCCCCCAAACAAUCCAAUAACCUCCAACCCUUCCUCUCGUCUCUCUCCAGGUUUCCUGGUCAGAGAAACGGCGAUCAACUGUUGCCAAAGACAAAGGUUAGAGAGUGACUCCGCCCCUCCGCCACGUGUCCGAAGGAAGCAGAUGAUCAAUGACAUCAUCAUCCGUUACCGUCACCGUUGCCCUGAACCUGCCUUCUACUCCACGCUGUUCAACACCCCCUGA